UUGAACAAUUCGUUUCAGGGGAAUCACCAAAUAGUUGAAAUUGCGUACCAGCGAACGAAGAGGUUCGACAAGUUGCUGUUUCUGUAUUUUCUUACUGGCAACUCAGAGAAGCUGACGAAAAUGUUGAAAAUAGCAGAACUGCGAAAAGACUACUGUGGCUGGUUUGAAGUUGCGCUGUACCUGGGAGAAGUGUCUGAACGGUUGAAGAUCUUGGUUGGGUGCGGUCAGUUUGCACUGGCCUACGUGACAGCCGUAACAUACGGCUUACAAGAAGAAGCAGUCGCGUUGGCAACUAAUAUAGAAAGUAGUGGCGGGCAGUUACCUGCGAUAGACCCGAAUACCAUUUUGUUGAUGCCACGUCCAUCUAUACGCCAGUUAACAGAAAACUGGCCACGGCUGGUAACAUCCAAGAGUCUGUUUGAAUGCCAAUUUCCGAAAGUAGGAACCGGUGCAGUUAGUGCGUUGCCCGUUGCAGCUGAAGGUGAGGUUGAAGAAGGCUGGGGCGAAGAUACUGAGUUUGCAGUGGACGAUGAGUUCAAAGAAGCGGCCGAGGAACUGACAGUGAAUGGUAAAGCAGAAAUGGAGGUCGGCGAGGAGGCAGGUUGGGAAGUUGAGGGCGAUAUUGAAUUGCCUCCAGACCUUCUUGAAUCUGCCGGCAGUGGAACAUUAAAAGGAGGCGGCGGAGGCGCUUUGUACGUGCCUCCUUCGAUGGGUCAGCCUCCUACAUAUCGCUGGACGAACCAGUCGCGGCUUCCUGUUGAAUUCGUUUUAGCUGCUUCAUUCGAUUCUGCUUUUCGACUGCUGAAUCAACAGAUCGCUGUUGUCAAUUUCGAACCUUUCAAGCCGCUCUUCAUGUUAACGCUGGCUCGCAGUCGUGCUGCGUUUUCUAGCUUUUCUUGCACCAACACGUUGUUCUGCUAUCCGCUUCGAACGUCAAAGGACGCGUCGUCGAAGGUUUUUCCUGUCGUCGGUUUCAAAUUAAAUGACCUCGCUAGUCAUCUGCAGGCAAGUCUGCUAUGCUACCAGUUGACGACGAGCGGCAAAUUCAUGGAAUCGUUGACGAAGUUUCACCGUUUGUUGUUGUCAGUGCCGAUGUUGCUGGUCGAUACCAAGCAGGAGAUAGCUGAGGCUCAGGAGUUGAUCCGAAUCUGUCGCGAGUACUUAGUUGGCAUUAAAAUGGAGAUGAAACGCAAAGAAAUGCCGAAGGAGACAAAGGACGACUUGGUUCGGUCAGCGGAGAUGGCUGCGUACUUUACUCACUGCGACCUACAGCCGGUUCACAAAAUUUUGACGCUUCGCACGGCGAUCAACCUGCUGUUCAAAAUGAAGAACUAUAAGACAUGUGCAUCGAUGUGUUACCGAGUGCUAGAGUUAGGUCCAAAACCGGAAAUCGCGCACCACGUUCGGAAAUUAUUGGUCGCUUGCGAAAAGGACCCGAGGGACGAGCAGCCUCUGAACUACGAUGAACACAACCCGUUCUCAAUAUGUGCUGAAACCUAUAAACCGAUUUACCGAGGAAAGGCGUGCACCGUUUGCCCGUUCUGCAAGGCGUCAUACAUUCCACAAAUGCAAGGCAAGCUUUGCAACGUCUGCGAGGUGAGCGAAAUCGGCAAGGACUGUACCGGCUUGAAAGUAUGCCCUCUUCAGUUCAAAUAA